AAGGGAGCAUUGUGUCUUCCAUAACGAUGGUCGAGUGUUGCCUGUUCAGACAGGCAGCACCCAGACCUUCCUCUGCACGCACUGGCCACGCCCUCAUCCUUCUCAACGUUCAACUGCUGUUCUCAGCGGCUCCAGGACAGCGGAGCCAUGUUCCUCCUUGUAGUGCUUCUCACUGGAGUUGGGGGGCUGUACGCAGGCCAUAAUCCUCAUAAAACCUUUGUGCAGACCACAGUUCCUGAAAAGAUUUCAUCAGUAGAUACAAGAAGAGAUCCAGAAAAUAAUGUUACUUAUAUCAUCACAGUAAAAGGAAAACCGUAUUUUGUCCAUCUUAAAAAACAAUCAUUUUUAUCUUCAGCUUCUGUUGUUUAUUCAUAUGACAAAGACGGCACCCAACAUUCUCAGCCUUUGUUACCUCAGAUGGAUUGCAGUUAUAGUGGAUACAUCACAGGCUUCCCACAUUCUGUUGUGACAUUAAUGACUUGUUCAGGACUCAGAGGAGUAAUGCGAAUCGAAAACAUCUCUUAUGGAAUUGAACCAUUGGAGGCUGUAUCAGGGUUUAUGCACAUGAUCUAUGAAGAAAACAAUGAUGACACUCAUGUUUCUCUCUUUGGAGAAAAUGAUACUUUUACUUGGCUUAAUAAUACAGAAAAUCAAGUGAGAAGCAGUCUACAUAAAACUGAAUUUACCAAGUUAUUCCCUCGAUACAUUGAAAUGUAUAUUGUUGUGGAUAAAAAUCUGUUUGAUUACAUGGGGUCUGAUGUAAAGACUGUAACAGAGAAGGUUAUUCAGCUCAUUGGCUUUGUUAACACUAUGCUGACCCAGUUAAAACUGACUGUUGUAAUAUCUGCCAUUGAACUCUGGUCAAAUACAAACAAAUUUGCUACUACAGGACAUCCAGAUGAUGUUUUAUUUAGGUUUUUAGAAUGGAAACAUCAACAUGUUGAUCCUAAACCACAUCAUAUUUCAUACUUAUUAGUUUUUGAGAAACACCCUACCCUGAUAGGAGCCACAUUUCCAGGAUACAUGUGUGAUAAAAAGUAUGAUGCAGGAGUUGCUCUGUAUCCAAUGGGUUUGUCCCUGAAGUCAUAUGCUGUCAUUAUUGUGCAAUUGCUGGGCCUUAAUGUGGGAUUAAUUUACGACAAUACUGAUACCUGCUACUGCUCAGGAGAUACUUGCACAAUGACGCCAAAAGCAGUGUACUCUGGGGUUUUAACGGAUUUUAGCACUUGCAGCCUGGAUAACUUUAAAUUAUUUGCAUCACAUUAUGGUCUUCAUUGUCUCAAGAACAAUCCCCUUGAUAAGCCAAUUUAUAAGCAGACAAAUCCAAAGAAAAUGUGUGGCAAUUCAAUAAGGGAAGAAGGUGAAGAAUGUGAUUGUGGCACUGCACUUAAUUGUACUCAUGUAAGGUGCUGUGAUCCUACAUCAUGUAAGAAGAAAGGCAGUGUAAAAUGUGGCUCUGGAGAAUGUUGUACAACAAAUUGUCAGCUGAAGAAAGCCAAUACACUUUGUAGGUCAUCAAUUGAUACAGAAUGUGAUUUCAAUGAAUACUGCAAUGGGAAUGAGGGGGACUGUGUGCCUGAUACUUAUGCACGUGAUGGAAGCCACUGUGACUCAGGGGAAGGCUACUGUUUUGGUGGAAUUUGUCGGACUUUUGACAGACAGUGUGAAGCCUUAUUUGGAAAAGGUUCUAAAGGUGCUCCUUUUGCUUGUUUUGAUGAAAUAAAUUCCAGAGGAGAUAGAUUUGGAAACUGUGGGCGCUAUCACUGUGAAAUUCAACAUGCUUUAUGUGGAAAAUUAGUUUGUACAUGGCCACACAAAACAUUAAUAUCACGUGAAAAUUUGUCUGUGAUUUACACACAUGUUCGAGAUGACAUAUGUGUAGCUGGAGCUAAAACUGACGGGAAGAUAAUUAGGACAACAUCAUUUACUACAUACCUUGAACCUACCGACAGAGAUGAAACAUUUGUAGAAGAUGGUACCAUCUGUGGUCCUGGCAUGUAUUGUGAUAAAUGGGUUUGUAGAGAUGUUCAGCAUCUUCUCAAUUCAAGCUGUGAUCCUGAACUACAUUGUGGUGGCAAUGGGAUAUGCAACAAUUUUCAAAAUUGUCAUUGUAACAAAGGAUUUUCCCCUCUUGAGUGUCAGUUAAAGAAAGGAGAAUUUGGAAGUAUCGAUGAUGGUCAUAUGACUAAAGGUAAAAAUGCCUUGAGGGCAGGAUAUGCUACUUCCUCAAAACACAGGUUUCAACUCAUUUUCUACAUUGCUAUACCUGUGAUGAUGAUUGCUGCUGCUAUUUUAAUAAAGCAGAAUACACUAAGAGAGCUGUACUGCAGAGGUGGAAAAGAACAUGAGAGUUCUGUGUCAGAAGACAGAAGCAGUAGCAUCAUAUCAUCUUCCAUUGAAAGCAACACUCCAACAGACUUUGAAUCUAAUACCAUGACAGAUGAUGUACCAAAACCAUCAGAAGUGGCCUGAAUCACUACUGCUGUCAUUACUGAAGGGGUUGAACUACAUAAUAAUAAAUCAUCUGAGACUGAAACAUCCAA